ACCCCACCACUCUGCUGCAGACAGUCAAAUGAGAGGGAAGCCAACUCCUUCUGGAGCAGAUGAGCAGUAGUGCAUCCUCCUCCGACGCCCCCGCCGGGCUUUCUUUCGCACUCUGUGCGUGCGGAUGAGAGCUGGACCCACACAACCAUGGCACGGGACCAGGUUCCGCUGUGCGGAGAUGGGAAGACGCCGCUCUUCGCUGAUACGGAGCCGCUGGGAAUUCCCACUUAGUUCGAAGCAAGCAUUCUGUGCCUCUGAGGCAACCAAUUAAGUGGAUGUGUACAGCCUUAGAAGGAUGUUACCUCUUCAGACAUAACCUUCUGAGACAUACAGCAAAAGAUGAGGCAACGUAUAAGUAUAACCUAUGAAAGAAAGUUAUCUGUGAGGGAAAAACCAUUUCUGAAUGCUGUCCUUUCAACAAACACUUUACAGGUGUUUGUAUUCUUUACCAGUCCAUUGUAGAGAAAGUUUUAGAGACUGUAUAAUACAGCUACGUUUCAUACUGUAUGUCUGCAGUGUUUUGGUUUUGUUUUUAAUUCUCGUUCAUACCAUGAUGUAACUAAUAAUAUUUGAAGAAAAGCAGGACAUUGUCUGAAGGCUGUGUGUCAGGAUGAUCUCUAAAGAGACAUUAUUAUCUGCACUUGGUCUUUGGCAGAGUUGUCUGUUACUCAGAGAGGAAAUGGAGAUAAAGCACCCUGGAUGCCUCUUGUGAAAAGACCACAAAAACAGAUGCGUGCAACUCUCUUUCUUUCUUACACAAAGAAAAACUUGGAAAAACACUCAUAGGGAGCAUUGUUCGGUAUUUUCAUUUUGACACUUGAAGAAGAAAUGACUGAUAGCAAAAAACUCUGGGAGAGAGGCACAUAUAUUCCUGCUUCUGUGGAGUUUCUUAACUUAAAUUAUGACAUUAUACAGAAAAGCUACAAGAGCAAUGCUAUACAUAACCACUUAUAUAGAUCAUGUGAUUCUUUUGAAAAGAAAGACAAAUGUUCAGAAACUGGAAUUCCUUCUUCACUGGAAAGAGCCAUGUAUGCUGGAAUUCAGUUAAAGAUGGAUGGCUCUCAAGUAGCGUUGAAGCCACUAAGAAGCCAGUCCUCAAUAACUAUAAACAAAAUAGAGGGUGCUGAUUUGAAUUAUGUUAAAGAGAGAAACAACAUCUCAAAAACCUCUUGUACAUUGCACAACCGCUUCAUCUUGAAUGACUGUUUGCAGCCAACAAAGGCUUUUAAUGAUUGCACCAACGAUUCCACAGCCUGCACUUGUAAAUUAAUGGAACUACCAACUACCUGUGGGAAUGAAACUGGACAACAGCUGUGUGAUACCUGUGACACUUCAAGGGAUAACUAUUUGUCUUUGGAAAGAGCAACCCAGAAGUUUAAUGCUGCAUGCUCAGGCCACAGUUUCUCCAGUGGUAACUUUACUGGAAGAAUGCCUUCAAAACCCUCUUUGAGCCAUUUUGAAAGUUGCAAUGACAGCUAUGGAGAAGAGAUGGAAGAGGAUUUUUGUCGUAGUAAGAAGGAGCGCUCCACAUUAUUAAUCAGAAGAUUUUGCAAAAAUGAUAAAGAGGUUAAGAAGUCGGUCUAUACUGGGACAAGAGCAAUUGUUAGGACUUUACCAUCUGGACACAUAGGAGCUGUUGCUUGGAAUUGUGUCAACCAGAGGAGAUCCCACAAUGAGUUAAGGCACUAUAGGAUGACAUCAGAACAACUAAUACUGCAAAUUUCAAUAAGCCAAGCAUUAAGUUCUUAUCUUCUGCAGUCUAUAUGGCAUGGGAUCUUCAAGGCCUCAAAAGGAGCAGAAGAUACUCUGGAAUCUUUUUCUCAUCCUGUGAGGGAACCACUGACACUACAGCAUUUUGUAAAUUGUUGGUGCAAAUGCAAUCAUUUGUGCAUAACACCAUGUCUGCAAAGAGCUCCUGAAUACCGUGCUACUUUACGCAGGACUUCGCUUUCCAGUUUUAUCAGUGGUGCUCUACUAGAAGCAACGACAUCGUUGGGAGCAAGAAGUGCUGUACUAAAUAUCUUAGGAGGAUCAACUGGAAAGACCAUGCUAAAAGAACGACAGUUGAGUUCAUCUAUGGCUGGAUCAAAUGCCCUUCCUUCCACUGUUGCUGGUAUUAGUAAAGAACUUGUAGAACUUCAGCAUCUCAUUCAGUUUCCAGAGGAGGUUGCUAGUAUUCUGACUGAGCAGGAGCAAGAUCUCUACCGAAAAGUGUUACCCAUUGAUUACCUCUGCUUCUUAACCAGAGAUCUGGGAAAUACUGAAUGCCAGAACAAACUUUCAACAAUUAAGGCUUCUAUUUCUGCAACUCUUCUUUCUGCUCCCGAUGGGGAACACAAUGCAAUUGAAGGUCUGGUGACCAGAUUCAAUGAGGUGAGCUCUUGGGUGACGUGGUUGAUUCUGACUGCGGGAUCCAUGGAGGAAAAACGAGAAGUCUUCUCAUAUGUGGUACAUGUGGCAAAGUGCUGCUGGAACAUGGGCAACUACAAUGCUGUCAUGGAGUUCUUGGCAGGGCUCAGGUCAAGAAAAGUUCUAAAAAUGUGGCAAUUCAUGGACCAAUCAGAUAUUGAAACAAUGAGAAGUUUGAAAGAUGCAAUGGCACAACAUGAAACAUCACUGGAAUACAGAAAAGUGGUCAACAGAGCUCUGAAUAUUCCAGGCUGUAAAGUUGUUCCUUUCUGUGGUGUAUUUUUGAAAGAACUCUGUGAAGUUUUGGAUGGCACUGCAAGUCUCAUCAGACUUUGUCCUCAGUACAACUCUCAGGAUGAAACACUAGAGUUUGUUGCAGAAUACAGUGGGCAAGAUAACUAUUUACAAAGGGUGGGUCAAGAUGGCCUGCAUAAUAUGGAAAAGGAAUCGACAGCUAACUACAUCUUUCAAACCAUUCGGAGCUGUAAUCGCAGCUUGGAAUCUGAAGAUGGAGAAGACAAUUUUAUUGACUAUGAAAGUGGCAAUUCCAGAAGAAAUUCCUUGAAAGACAGAAACCGCUAUCAGCUUGUAAUUGGAGAUCUGUCAGACUCUGAAAGUGAAAUAUUUGAGCAGUCCAAAGAAUGGGCCACCCAGGCAGUUGAAGAGCAGCAGCAGCAAGCUUUCAGUCAUGGAAUAGAGCUCAUUCCUUGGUAUGUGCUGUCCAUCAGAGCUGAUGUCCAUCAGUUCAUGCUGCAAGGGGCAACAGUCAUACAUUAUGACCAGGACACACAUUUUUCAGCACGAUGUUUCCUUCAGCUUCAGCCUGACAAUAGUACAUUGACUUGGAUGAAGCCCACCACUGCUUGUUCUACAAAUUCUAAAAUGAAACUGAGUCCUCUAGGUAGCACUGUGGAACUGGGUAAAUUUCCAUUUCUCUUCAAUACUGGAUUAAAUGGACUGGUGGAAGGUUAUUUAGACCUGUUUUCAGCAAAAGCUGUGUAUAUGGGGCAUUCGGGCAUUGAUAUGCAUGCUGUGUGCAUUCAAAAUAAACUUUGUAAUAUGAACCUUGAAGAGAAUGGUGUAACACUCUUGUAUGGACUUCAGACUACUGAAAAUAAGUUGUUGCACUUUGUGGCUCCCAAAUAUACCACCAAAAUGCUGUUUGAUGGAUUGCUGGAAUUAAUGAAUGCUGUCAGAAAAAUGAAGAAAUUCCCUGAUCAGAGGUUGCAGUGGCUGCGAAAACAAUAUGUCAGCCUCUAUCAGGAGGAUGGCAGAUAUGAAGGCCCAAGCUUGGCUCAAGCUGUUGAAUUGUUUGGAGGGCGGCGCUGGAGUACAAGGAAUACAAAUCCAGGAAACAUGAACAAAAGUGUAGAGAAACCAAGUGUGCAAAGAAACAACACUCUAGGAAUAGGCACAGCCAAGAAAAAGAAGAAAGUGCUCAUAAGGGGUGAAAGUGGAGAAGGCACUGAUGAUGAGAUGGCAACUCGAAAAGCAAGACCUUUUAAGGAAACUCGGAAUAGAAGUGGGUCAGACCCUCAAGAUAUUGAUGAACAAGAAGAAAUGGAACCAAACCUUCUGGUUACUGUUUCUGGUACCAACAUCCUGCCUUCCAGAAGAGCACAAUCCCUGACUACCUCAGUACCACUUAAUGUAACACCUGGGGUCUCCUCACCUAUCAGGCCAGUAUCUUCUCCUGUGAUGUCAUCUUCAAUAAAAGGUCAAUCUAGCACCUGGAGCAGCAGUAGCUGGCAUGGAAGAGUUAAAGGAGGACUGAAAGGCUUCCAAACCUUCAUGGUUUCUGAUAGCAACAUGAGUUUUAUUGAAUUUGUAGAGCUCUUCAAAUCUUUCAGUGUUCGAAGCCGCAAGGAUCUGAAAGAUCUUUUUGAUAUAUAUGCUGUACCCUGCAAUCGACUGGGUUCUGAUUCUGCUCCACUGUAUACCUCUCUGAAGAUUGAUGAGAAUACAAAUGGACUCCAGCCUGAUUUAGGUUGUAAGAUGUUUGAAAACAAUACAACCAAGAAUCAUUCAAAGCUAAACUGCAGCUCCCAUAACAUUAUGACAGCACUUCUCAUUACACAGAACCAAGAUUUACUAACUAGGAAUAUAUCAGACUUGGGCUUGUUCAUUAAAAGCAGGCAACAGCUGACGGACAACCAACGACAAAUAUCUGAUGCUAUUGCCGCAGCAAGCAUUGUUACUAACGGCACUGGUGUAGAGAGCACAUCUCUGGGAAUAUUUGGAGUGGGCAUCCAGCAACUCAAUGACUUCUUAGUAAAUUGCCAAGGAGAACACUACACAUAUGAUGAAAUCCUCAGUAUUAUCCAGAAGUUCGAACCCAGCAUUAAUAUGUGCCAGCAGGGACUAAUGUCAUUUGAAGGAUUUGCACGGUUUUUGAUGGAUAAAGACAAUUUUGCCUCCAUAAACAACGAAUCUCAAGAGAAUGUGGAAGAUUUGUUACUUCCACUGUCAUAUUAUUACAUUGAGUCUUCACACAAUACAUACCUUACAGGACAUCAGCUUAAAGGAGAAUCCUCAGUUGAGCUUUACAGUCAGGUUCUCUUGCAAGGCUGUAGGAGUGUGGAAUUGGACUGCUGGGAUGGUGAUGAUGGAAUGCCUGUAAUCUAUCAUGGGCAUACACUCACCACUAAGAUCUCUUUUAAGGAAGUAGUUGAAGCUAUAGAUCGCAGUGCUUUUAUCACCUCUGACAUGCCAGUUGUCAUAUCAAUUGAGAACCACUGUUCCUUGCCCCAGCAACGAAAGAUGGCUGACAUUUUCAAGAAUACAUUUGGCGAUAAACUGGUAACGAAAUUUUUAUUUGAGAGUGACUUUUCUGAUGACCCAAUGCUACCUUCUCCCCAUCAACUGAGAAGGAAGAUUCUACUUAAAAACAAAAAGCUCAAAGCACACCAAACUCCAGUAGAUAUAUUAAAACAAAAGGCUCAUCAGCUGGCAUAUAUGCAAGCUCAGGCUAGCAAUGGCAAUCAUGUGGGAAACCUCUCCACUACUAAUGAAGAAGAGGAGGAUGAAGAAGAUGAAUAUGACUAUGACUAUGAGUCUCUGUCUGAUGCUGAUGUCCUUAAUGCUUCUCCUGCUCCUAACAGCCAGGAAGAUAACAUUUUGGAAGAUCGAUCUGAGAAUAAGUUAACCAUUGAUAAGCUGCAAUUUGAAUACAGUGAAGAAACUGCCAAGAGAAUAAAGAAGACUGAUAGCACUACAUACAACAAUAAAGGAAAGGUUUAUGACAUGGAAUUAGGUGAAGAAUUUUAUCUUUCUCAAAAUAAAAAAGAAAGUAGACAAAUAGCACCAGAACUGUCAGAUCUUGUCAUCUACUGUCAAGCUGUGAAAUUCCCUGGCCUGUCAACUCUAAAUCCAUCUGGUUCUAGCCGAGGGAAGGAAAGAAAAAGCAGGAAGUCCAUUUUUGGCAGCAAUCCUGGAAGGCUGAGCCCGGGGGAGCCAGCAAUGCUUGCCAGAGCAUCUGGAAAAGGUGCCUUUGAGAUUGUACGACAGACCUGGGAAGAACCCUGUUCACCAACUUUCAGCCCUGCAACAUCCCUCAGUUCUAUCAUAAGGACACCUAAAUGUUAUCAUAUAUCUUCCCUGAAUGAAAAUGCUGCCAAACGCUUGUGCAGACGAUAUUCUCAAAAGCUGAUACAGCAUACUACCUGCCAACUGCUGAGGACAUACCCUGCUGCUACACGCAUCGACUCGUCCAAUCCUCAUCCUCUUCUAUUCUGGCUACAUGGGGUACAACUAGUGGCACUGAACUACCAAACUGAUGAUCUUUCCCUACACCUAAAUGCAGCAAUGUUUGAAGCAAAUGGUGGCUGUGGAUAUGUUCUGAAACCACCUGUUUUGUGGGAUAAGAACUGUUCUAUGUAUCAACACUUUUGUCCUUUAGAACGAGAUUUGGACAAUAUGGAACCAGCUAUUUAUUCACUGACCAUUGUGUCUGGACAGAAUGUUUGUCCUAGCAACAGCACAGGAAGCCCAUGCAUAGAAGUGGAUGUGCUUGGGAUGUCUUUGGAUAGCUGCCAUUUCCGCACAAAGCCUAUUCAUCGUAAUACUCUCAAUCCCAUGUGGAAUGAACAGUUUCUUUUCCGGAUCCAUUUUGAGGAUCUAGUCUUCCUUCGUUUCGCGGUUGUUGAAAACAAUAGCUCAGCUGUGCUGGCUCAAAGAAUCAUUCCACUGAAGGCUUUGAAAAGAGGAUACAGACAUCUCCAACUACGAAGUCUACACAAUGAAGCACUAGAAAUCUCAAGUUUGUUUAUUAACAGUCGAAGAAUGGAAGAAAAUCCCUCUGGAAAUGCUGUCCCUGCUUCUUUGCGGUUUAGCACAUCAGAGAGGAGAAUGGGUGCAAUGUACAAAAUCACCAUACAUGGAGUUCCAGGUCCAGAGCCUUUUACACUUUAUACUAUAAGGGAAGGAACCACAGCAGCACAACUGCUGCAUCAAAUUUUGGCUACUACAAAAGGCAUUGGAAAAUAUCCCACAGACUAUUUUUUGAUGGAGGAGAAAUGUUUUAUAUCUAAAGAAAGAAAUGAGUACAGGAAGCCGCCAUUCCAAAGAGUGCUUGGUCCGGAGGAGGAGCUUGUUAAGCUGCUGAACAGCUGGUUCCCAGAAGAAGGCUAUGUCGGAAGAAUUAUCUUUAAAACUCGUGAGGAAAGCUUGAAUAGGAGAAAUCUUUUUCAGGAGGAGAAAGAGGAUGCCACUGCUAACUCUGAAGAUGACAGCUUCUUUGUCCAAGUUCAUGAUGUUUCCCCAGAGCAGCCUCGGACAGUCAUCAAAGCUCCUCGCUUCAGUACAGCCCAGGAUGUCAUCCAGCAGACGUUAUGCAAAGCCAAAUAUUCCUACAGUAUUCUGAACAAUCCCAAUCCAAGUGACUAUGUCCUCUUGGAGGAAGUGACAAAAGAGCCAGGAAACAAGAAGUCCUCGACACCCAAAACGUCCCAAAGGAUUCUUUCAGACCAAGAGUAUGUGUUUCAGGCUCAGAACAAGUGGAAAGGACCUGGAAAAUUUAUCCUUAAACUUAAAGAACAAGUCCAAGCAGGCCGUGAUGAUAAAAGAAAAGGCAUUUCAUUUGCUAAUGAACUUAAGAAAUUAACAAAAUCAAGUAAGCAGUACAGGGGCUUUAUAGCUCCACCUAUGCAGACUUCUCCAGAUGGUACCCAAAGUAAAGAUGAAAAGACUGCAUGUGGUUUGACCUUCAGUGACAUGAUGGAAUAACAUUCAAAGUUUUGUAUUCAGAUCAACCUUAAGCCAGAUGUUGUUUCUUUCUGAUUCCCAGGCCUCCAAAUGCAAACACAAAACCAUAAGGAUCUAGAGAAGCAAGGGGGGGAAUGGAGACGAAUCGGGUUUUCAUCCUCUUUUGAGUGGUCGUUCACUUAUUUGGUAACUGGAACAUGUCUGAAAAAGACACAAACUUCUAUGUUUGUCACCACUGAGGGUCUGGUCUGCCCAUCAGAGGCUUGGCCUGCACUGCAGGUGUAAUGUGACUGCUGCUCACGGUAGGAAGAACCAGUUUUUUGAAUGAAAAUUCAUGAUUUUGAGGCUCUGGAAAGUGCCCAGGCAGCACUUUGAAAGAAGAUUCCAUUCAUAUUCACUACAUUUGGACACAAGGGUAAAGCAAACACCUUGAAUUGUCUAUUGUAAGCAGAAACCUGCCUUUUUAGAAAAGAUUUUAAAUAAGCAUCUUAAGGGAAAAUGAAGGCGAGGAUGUGCUGUAGUGUGUUAUAUUAACAUAAUGCACUUUUUAAAGAUCCUUAUAAACACACGCACUUAUGUGAUUAUAGGCAGAUUUAAGUACAUUGUAUGUCACAGAUUUCAAUAUGGUGAAUAUACACAAUUAUUUAUGGUUGGUUGUCUUAUUGUCGGUGUACAGUAGCCAGUAUACAUAUUUUGAUAGUGAUACUUUGAUUAGGAACAUUUCUUCAUGCAGUGUAUCCUAGUUUUGUUUUAAAAAAGAUUUAUUUAUUUUAAUAUUCCAAGGUAUGUGCUAUUGUAUAAUGUAUUUAUCAUACCUUACUUUAUAGAAUUCUACUUUAUCUUUACAGAAAAUUCCUACAUAGUGCUUUUGUUUUAGAGAAGAUAUUGUUUGAUUUUACUGAAAAAUAGUUGCACAAUGGAAUGUCUAUGUUUAAUAUCUCUGCUGACCAAUAUUAAAGGGUAUUUUGAGAAAGAAAUGAACCACUUGGAAGUUUUACUUCUGAAUAGAAACUUCAACAAUGUACUGUCCGAAUAAAAAUCUACUUUGAAAAUA